AUGCUUAGUUUCUUGAUAAAUCCGGCUGUGCCGACCACUGUGGCUGAUGGUGUUCAGGUUCAGGCCAUAAAGAAGUGGAUGAGGAAAAGGCAUCGCAUUCAGGAGCUCGCUGCAGAGCUUCCCGAUAGCACACUGCAGUUGGCGGGUUUGGAAAUCUUGAUUAAACGGCUGGUGAAUAGUUUGCCCCAGAUGCAGUCUAGGCUUGGGAUGUAUCGUGAGAGUCCCAUGUUAGAUUAUCAUCCCACCCAUGAGUGGGCGUUUGAUCUCGCGAAGCUGAUUCUAGCAGAGCUAGAGCAUGCAUACUCCAAUCUGGCUGUUGACUUCGGUGGAAUGCAGCAGGAUGCGCUGAGGUCUAUCCUGGAUAAGGAGAUAUGGGGAUAUUUAGUUGCGCUGGCGGUUCUGAUGCGCAUGCUGAUUGUGUGGCUGAUUGCCAAAAGGCAGUUGGCGUUGAUGAGUCGUUUCGGCAACAUCUCCUUGAUGAUCAUGUUCCUUGGCGGCAUGACUGUGCCACUUGUCUGGCAGGAGGCCUUUCCUUUGUCUGCCGACCUUGUAGGAAAGUAUAGUCCUGGUAAAGAUGAGUGUUGUCAUGGGGCGACGUGGGCAUUAGUGGCUGCCUUUACGGUGCCGGCGGAUGUUCCGCUUGAACAAGAUGAGCUUUCGGAGCCCACGCAAAAGAGACAGGCAGAGCCGGGUGAUUUAGGUGAUGACCCUCCGCGGGACGAUCCGCUUGAGUUUCUUGAGCCUCCUCCGGAGGAAGAGCCGCUGCCUGAUGGUGACGGGUCUGCUGAAGAUGCUCUGAAUGAUAAGUGGCGGGCAGAGAUUGCCAAGCAUAAGGUUGAGCGGCUGAAGCUUGUUGAGUUGGUGUUCGUUGUGCCGUUGCCCAACAAAUCGCAGUCGCCGGCUCAAGAUGCCAUUGCUUUGGUUAUGACGCAAAUUGAAUCGCUGGGAUAUCCCAUCCGUCGAUUUCACGCUGACCGAGAUGCGGAUGACUUCAAGAGCAAUGGCCGAGUAGAAGCCUCGGGGCACCUUGUUCUGUUGGAAAACGGUGAGAUAGUCAUCACUUCCGCGUUGGUCAUUGAAGUCAGAGCUGAUAGUGCUGAAUCCUUUCAUGUUGAUGACCCGGGCGACGUGCGCAUCCGGGGCACACAGCGCGUUGCAAAACUUGGUCUGCAGCUGUCGGAGCUGUCGGAGUUCCUCAGCACGAUACAGCUGCGUUGGAUUGUGAGACACCAUUUCCCCGAAGCCACAUACACCACGGUCAUGAUCCUUCAGGAUGUUAUUCUGUCCACAAUCCACAAGGUGAGCCGGCAGUUCGUAGUAUACUCCACUGAGCCCUUCACAGGACGUCGACUGGUCAUAGUUGCUUACACAGCUGGCGCAUCGUCACGCCUUGAGUCCUCUGAUGUUUCUUAUCUUUCUGGCUUGGGAUUUUCCCUUCCGUCUGCAUGUGCGCGUCGGUCUGACUGUCAUCGCGAGGCUGAGUUUGAGUUCAUGCGGGGCAAGUCUAUUGCAGCACUGUCUAAUACGGAGCUGGGGGGAGCCCCGCUGGUCCAGUCCCAGAGUCAACCCGAUCAACCCGUAGAUCCUAUCGAUCAUCUUCAUUUGCAGUCGUGUGUGCCCGGCUCGCGCAGCGGAUUUCGCGCCGAUCCUGUGGACAAUGACCUCAGCUGGGGGCAGCCGGUUCGUGCAGCGGAUUUCGCGCUGAUCCUGCGGACGAUGAGCCUCAGCUGGGGGGAGUGA